AAGAAGGGUUCGAAAGAGCUGAAAUUUAUCGAGCCCGCUAAGACCCCGUGUCCUUCCUAAUCUCCUAAUAUCUUCACCCUACACGAGAGCACAGUACUUAGGUACACGAACAAGAAAGAACGCCACUUUCUCAGACCUCUCUCGAAUGGUCUGAGCUAACUCCAAAAAACAAAAAAACAAAAAAAAACAUCCAAACCUUUCCGCCUCUAACUAGGGCUGCAAAUGUGACAAUGGAAGGUACGUUGUGCUACUUCCAGCGACCUCAAAGGACCCAAUGCCAAUCUCCCCUCGGGUCCCGAACCCACACGGACGCGAGCCAGCCGGGUCGUCUACUUCUGCUUUAAUGUGCUUGACCUCGCCGCUGCUGGAGCCAUCGCCUAUGGGGCGCUGGCGAUCUUGUCUUUUGAGGUUUUGGUAUCGAGGUUCUGGGGCUUUGGGGUCUUCUUGCGACGUUCCCAAUUAUUCUUAUCGCCAUCGUCGCCGCCACAGCCCUCCAGUCGCUGCCGCGGCCUCCGCUUCCGCCUACCCCAAUACCCGGGGAUUCGCAAGAGUCGCGCAGGUUCGAUGUGGGGAUGGCGACCAAGGUGGGCUGAUGUGGAGUUCAGCUGGUCCCAAGAUAGGUUCAGUCGCUUCGGGCGUGGUGGCUCAUGGAUACGGUCAGUGUUCGUCCGAUGACUGGCUCUUGUCACCAUCCCGCUUGACCAGUUGCUUCCGAAUCUCGACCAGCUUCGAAAGCGCAAUGUAUGCAGCCUGCGCAGGCCAACCUUGCUGCAACUCAUCGUCUGCGUUGGUGGUUUGCUGGUGUGUUGUGUUCAGGCGGUCGCAACCUGCCUGCUUCUCUUUGAACAGCUCGCUGAUGAUCUUGAGAGCUGGGUUUUCUUGCCACAUAAGAUUGCUCACAAGUCAUCCAGUUCCUUCGCGUUCUUCCGCGGCCGCCUUCCUUUCAUCCAAGCCGGGAUUACGAACUUGCCCGCUUCAUAGAUCACGCGGAACUCGUCGGGGGACGGAGACCACCUCCACUUGCUCGUAUCGGUGUCCUCUUUUCCCUGCGACACGUUGACAGCACUACGUCCACCACCGCCGCCGCGAAUUUUCGGCUUAAAGAUGGUCUCGGCUCCGUCAGCAUCUUCGUCGACAUCGCUACUGUCAGUGUCGUUUCCUAAGAAGCCACGCUUGAAUUCGUCUUCAUCCUCCUGGGACCAGCCCUGAAAUUCCGAGGACAACGUAUUUGGUUUC